GUUCUUUCUUGUCUUCUCAUCUUUUGGUCUAGCCACGGUACUGGACAUCAAAGGUACGGUGAAAAGCAUGUUUCAGAAGGACGUGCACUAGAAAUACCUUUGCAGAUGUAUCAGAUUGGGUUCUUUUUCGCCUGAGGUCGAUUUUCCCGUGGACAACACCACGCCCACGCGAACUCGGUUGUCUCAAGCUAUCACCUCUUACGACGCUGGUUUUCCAUCCAGAAAGGCAAAAAGAAAGGGACUCCGUUAUCUCUAUCCCCUGCCGAACGAACCUCAUACCCUCUCGGGCGUUCACGAACCCUACUUGUCAGGUUGUUUCGGCAGCUUGGACACGAACGAAAGCACAGAGUGGAGGCGGGCGAUAGCGGCAAACGCUUCCGUCCUGGAUCUGGUUUGAGGAUAUUGCGCUGUUCCAGUCUUCCUUGAAAGAUGGGUAGCGACGUACCUGAAGGUAUUUCUACCUCCCUCGAGACCUGCCCUCCUUUUCCAAAACCUCAAGAGCUCGAUGCUCUGAUGGGUUGUUCCACCACCACUUAUCUGCAAGAGAAUGAUCUGGGGCUUACACCUUCCCCUGGGUCCCGACUGCAGGAGUCUACCGAUUCUUCCCACCAACCGUCCCAAGAUGAGGGGAUAUGUUCCGACGAAGCCGUGCCAUUGGCGGAUUUCUCUGCCCACCUCGAUUGCUUUGGCCUCGCCAAAGACAAGAUUACGCCCCGCCCCGGUAAUCAACAUAGCAUUGCCUUGUCCUCGGAUGAGGAAACGGCAUCAGCGGCCCAGAUAAGUUAUGGGCAGCAAAGUGCAGUAGGUAGUGAAGAACUUUAUGACCCUCUGUUUGAUGAAGCCUUUGCGAUCCCUGAGCUCGAUUCAGUGUUUUUGCCACGCGAGGGAGAAGAAGAUGUAGAAGGGGGACGAGAGCGAAAACGAACCAGCGAGGAAGCCUUUCCACAAGAUUUCGAGCUCUGGGCAUUACCUGAAAAACGCCAGCAUGUUGAGUCGCCGGAGGAAACACCGUCCCUUACUUAUUCUUCGACACAGCAAUCGCCUGCAUCUUUCUUUGACACUUUCGACUUGCUUUUUGGCGAUUCUACGAAUGACACACCUGUCGACUUGGGCAAUGAUAUCUGCCCGGAAAUUCCUACUUUUCUCACUAGCCAGGUUGAAGAAGUGGCCCAACCUUCGAUGAGCGACUCAACAAAAGAGCGAUUUCUUCUGGGCUCCCAAGAUCUCCUCGCCAACUCUACUCGUGAGAUUCUGCAGGUUUGCAAGGAACCGGAGUAUGUUUCUCCAUACCCAGCCGCAGGAGGGGCUUUAGGCUACUUUCCGUCAACGCCUGGGAUUCAUGCCAAAUUUAUUGAGGCCUCGGAUGAACGAACCCAUAGUCGGCUUUCGAAUCUGCGGACUAAGGUGCAGCGGCUUACGUGCGAGCGCAAUCAUUACAAGAAAGUCCUGUCUCAACAUCCCAAAAUGGAUGAAACCACGGGCAAGACAGCCGAGCAAUUACUUCGCGAAGAGAACGCCAUGCUCCGCCGAGUAUCCUCCCGACACCAGGGUCGAGUGGAACAAUACAAGAAGGAAGCAGCAGAGUGGAAGGGCAAGCUUCACGAUCUUGGUGUCAUCUACAACAACCUUUUAUACGAGAUUAGGGUCCAGAAGCGGAUACCUACUGUAGCUCCAAUCCCCACCGGCUACAAACCACCACGCCUGUCUACACCUAUGGAAGGCCACAUUCCCUUGCUGGAUGCCCCUUCCGCAACCCAACCACCACCACCACCACCACCACCACCCCCAACUGCCACGCAAAUGGUGGUACCGCGCCCUGAGCCUGUUACCAUUGACUUGACGGAUGAAAAUGACGAUACGCCUCCCAAUUCACCCCCGGAGGACCGGGAACGUCGCAUGGCGAUGCUCCAGUCGCUGCGCAAUAAAAAGUACGACUGGCUGGGUGCGGAGGGGCAGCAUGGCGGUUCGGAAAGCAGAAUCCACGAUGACCGAUUGGCUCAGUUGAUGGAAGAAGAACUAGCGCGGGCGACUUGAUGUUCAUGAUACCCUAUUACCGAUUUCUAUUGUACUGCAUACAUGUUGCAUAGCGAACUGGGAUUAAAUUGAUUAGUAUACGGAGUAUGUGGGAGU